AUCCUCUUCGCUACUUAUCAAUUCAUGAUUUCUGGCCCUUCUCUUCUUCCUCCUUCGCCCACAAGCUGCAUGUCAUUUCCCUCCCGCCGGGACAGCAAUCACCAUUGAAUCCUACCCCAGCCCCCAAAUACCCCCACUAUGAACAUCGUCGAAUGGGCCUUCGGCAAGCGCAUGACGCCCGCCGAGCGUCUGCGCAAACAUCAACGAGCGCUCGACCGAACCCAGCGCGAACUGGACCGCGAACGAGUCAAGCUUGAGAACCAGGAGAAGAAGCUAGUCCAGGAUAUCAAGAAGAGCGCGAAGAAUGGGCAGAUUGGGGCUUGUAAGAUCCAGGCGAAGGAUCUGGUGAGGACGAGGAGAUAUAUCCAGAAAUUCUACCAGAUGCGGACACAGCUACAGGCUAUUUCGCUGCGGAUUCAGACGGUACGAAGCAACGAACAAAUGAUGCAGUCAAUGAAAGGCGCAACGAUGCUACUAGGCAGCAUGAACCGACAGAUGAAUCUCCCCGCAUUGCAACGAAUCGCAAUGGAGUUCGAACGAGAGAACGAUAUCAUGGAUCAACGACAGGAAAUGAUGGAUGAGGCGAUUGACGAAGCAACGGGACUGGAGGGCGAGGAGGAAGAAGGCGAGGAUAUCGUCAAGGAGGUUCUUGAUGAAAUUGGUGUGGAUCUUAGCCAGGCGCUGGGAGAAACACCCACCGAUAUACAAAUGACAGCCGUGGGCGAGACGAGAGUUGCGCAAGCGGUUGGAGCUGGGGGUGGUGGUGGUGGUGGUGGUGCGAAUACGAGUGAUGAUGACUUGCAGGCGCGAUUGGAUAGUCUGCGGAGGUGA